AUGGCAAAAGCACCACUUAAACAAUUAUCUGUUAAUACAUUCGAAAGUAUUCGAAUUAUGUCGCCUAAAUCAGCAACAAAAAAGCAUGCGCCUAUUAUAAUUGAUGGACAAUUAAUAAAGAAAAAGAAUGCUGUUUGUAAACGAUUACUACCUGUUGAAGAUACAAAUAAUGAUAUUUCAUCAAUUAUUCAAGUUGGUAUACGAAUGCCAACAAAUGAAUUUGAAAAAUUUGUUCCAAAAACAUCACUAGAAUCAUAUUGGCAUAUUAUGGCUGAACAUUAUCGAAUUAAACUUGAAGAAGUAACACGUGAAAAUCACCAACUUCAUGAAAUUGUUGAUGGAUUAAAUAAAGAUAAUGAAAAUUUACGUGCAGUUGCUGAUCAUUGUGAAUAUUUAACUGAUAUUAUUGAAAAAUUAACUAGUGAAGAUAAUAUUCAAAAUGCAAAUAAAUCAUCAGUUCGUGGACGUUUGUUUUGA